UGCCUAUGCCUCGUACACCGGCUUUCCUUCCCAAAGGGGAAACCGUGCGGGCUCUGCGCGGGGGGAGGGAGGCAGCGUUGCCCCGGCAACAGAGACACUCGUACCUGGAGGCAAUACAUAGAGGAAAGAGAUGGGUUUGAUACUCUUUCCCCCUAUCGACAACAGCUUUCCCCUGCUUGCCAACCUCUCUUCAUAGCACAAGAUACUAGAAAGAGGUGAUAGAACGCAAAGAAACAAGGAAAUGAAGCUCAAGACUCUGCUGCUUGGCCAAUUGGCCUAUGGUGCCUCGCUCAACUCACAGAGUCCCCUUGGUGAUGUUACAGGGCUGUUGAGCCAUGCCGGUGCUUCGCUGUCCUCGUUACGCUCGUCCGUGGGUGGUGAGACCCCUGCGCUGCUCAAGGCGUGGACCGAGCUGUUGAAAUCGCACUCCAUUGGCGAGAUGAAAGGCCAUGUUGAUGAUUUCUACGAGGGCAAGUUCUGGAGCUCUCCAAGGAACUUACACCAGGAGAGGGUCUUUAGCAAGGCCUCUGAAGCAGACGAAAGGUACGACGUAUUGACCUUGGACAAAUACUCAGGCUACGCCCUGCGUACGUCCAAGAAGGAUCCGUACUCGCUGGGGAUAGACACCGUGAAACAGUACUCUGGGUACCUGGACCAGGGCGAUAACCAUUUCUUCUACUACUUCUUCGAGUCCAGAAACGACCCGGCAAACGACCCGGUGAUUCUCUGGCUCAACGGAGGACCAGGCUGCUCCUCCAUGACGGGCCUCUUCUUCGAGCUGGGCCCUUCCUCCAUUGGCGAGGACCUGAAACCUGUGUACAACCCGUACUCAUGGAAUUCCAAUGCCAGUGUUAUCUUCCUGGAACAGCCAAUUGGUGUUGGCUACUCAUACGGCGAGGAAGAGGUCACCAAUUCCUACGCUGCUGCAAAGGACGUCUUCGUGUUCCUAGAGCUAUUCUUCCAAAAGUUCCCUAAGUUCGCCUCGAAUGACUUCCACGUUGCUGGCGAGUCCUACGCAGGACACUAUAUCCCUGCAAUUGCCUCUGAGAUCAUUAACCAUGCCGAUCGCUCGUUUGAGUUGACCUCUGUGCUGAUUGGCAACGGUAUCACGGACUCCUUGGUCCAGAAUGACUACUACGAGCCAAUGGCAUGUGGUAAAGGUGGCUAUAAGCCCGUAUUGGAGAAGGAACAGUGUGAGGGCAUGCAAACCACAGCAAAGAGAUGCUCUCAACUGACUAAGGCCUGCUACAAGGCACAGAGUGCCUUUGCAUGUGUCCCUGCGAUGCUCUACUGUAACAGGCUGCUGGAGCCAUAUGUCAAUACCGGGCUGAACGUGUACGACAUUAGAGGUCCAUGUGACGGUGGUGAGUCUCUCUGCUACAAGGGUCUUGAUUACGUCGAGCAGUACUUGAACCUGCCUUCUGUUCAGGAGGCCUUGGGCUCUGAAGUGGAGAAGUACGUGGGAUGCAGUGACACCGUCGGCUCGAGAUUCGUGCUGACCGGCGAUGAGGCCAAGCCGUUCCAAGGCUACAUCACCGAGCUCCUGGAGAGUGGAUACCCUGUGCUGAUCUACGCCGGUGAUAAGGACUUCAUCUGUAACUGGCUCGGCAACCAUGGCUGGACCGAUGACCUGGAAUGGCUGUUUGCUCCAACGUACAGAGAGCUACAGCUACAGCCAUGGAUCAACUCUGCUGGUGAGCACAGUGGAGAGGUGAAGAGCUUUGGAGGACUGACAUUCCUCAGGGUGUUUGAUGCUGGCCAUAUGGUUCCAUACGACCAGCCUUUCAACGCCUUGGACAUGGUUAAUGCUUGGAUCUCUGGUAACCAAACCUUUGGUUAUUAGAUCAGCACUAUCAAUUGGCCAUACACGCCAGAUCUAUACGACAAAUACAUCACUCAUCGACCGGUUGUAG